CCCUGAGAGUGGGCGUUGUAAUGCAACAGCAGCGAUCGAUUGAUUUUGAAUGUGCCUGAGGACUACUUUGUUGUAGGAAGACCCAAAAAUCAUGAGUGGUUUCGCAGCCCUGAUCGCUUUUCUGACUUGCAUGGUGCUGUCAGAGGCCCAGCAUGAACCUGGGUCCUGUGUUUUCUAUGAGGAGUGUGGCAAGAACCCUACACUGGUGGGCGCCCUCAUCACCCCUAUCGUCCCCUGUUUUAAUUACAGUCCAGCCCGUGAGCUAACAGGAGAGCAUUACAAGAAACUCAAAGAGGUGUGUCCAAUGUUGGACAACGGAGAGGGCAACACAUUUGCCUGUUGCUCCAUCAAGCAACUGUCAUCCCUUGAAAGGAGUUUGACUCUGUCCAAGUCUCUGCUGGUGCGCUGCCCUUCUUGCGCUGACAACUUUGCCCACCUGCACUGCAUCAACACCUGCAGUCCAAACCAGAGUCAGUCGGUCAAAGUCACAAAGGUCAUGAACGUCACGGCCCUGAAUAGGACCAGAGAGGCCGUGGUGGCCUACCAGGCGUACCUCUCUACCAGCUUCGCAGAUGCCGCAUUUCAGUCAUGUCAAAAUGUCAGAAUACCCGCCACAGGAGGCUUCGCCAUCGGCACCAUGUGUGGCCGUUACGGCGCCAAGUUGUGCACCCCCCAGCGCUGGUACGACUUUCAGGGAGAUACGAGCAAUGGCCUGGCUCCGCUGGAUAUCGACUUCCAACUCAUUAAGCCGGGUGAAACAGAGGGAGUACCUGAGGGUGUGGUUCCUUACAGCGGAAGAGCCUUGAGUUGUAACCAGCUCACGCCCUCUGGAGGUCAGGUCUGCUCCUGUCAGGACUGCAAAGAGUCGUGCCCAAACGUUCCACCGCCCCCACUCCUGGCGGGACCCUUCAGACUUUUGGGCACGGACGGCUUCCUGGUCAUUUCUAUCAUCUCGUUCUGCCUCCUGAUAUUCGCCUUCCUCUUUUUCCUGUUCGUCUCCUGUUUUGUGAAGUCACAGAAUAAGCAGGUUGAACAGAGUGGAAAGAGAAAGAAGAAGAACCGAGACCAGAAGAGUAACGAUGUGCCUCAGCGGCUCAUUUGUCCUUCAGAGGUGACUUGCGUCGACAGGAACAGUAUGGCUGCUCAAGCCUUCCUGAGCUCAGUGUUUCAGUCAUGGGGAACAUUCAUGGCCACUUAUCCACUCACGGUUCUCCUGGUGUCGGCCAUCAUUGUCGCCGCGUUCUCCGCCGGCCUCAUGUCCCUUAAACUCACCACUGACCCGGUGGAGCUGUGGUCGGCGUCCAACAGCCGAGCCCGCCAGGAGAAGGAUUUCCAUGAUAAACACUUCGGUCCAUUCUUCAGGACCAACCAGCUGAUCUUGACAGCACCGGGCAGAAAAGGGCACAUUUAUGACUCUUUGCUCUUUGGGUCGCAAAACUUUAGCGGCCUUGUAUCUAAAGAGCUCGUCAUUGAACUGCUGCAGCUCCAAAAAAGAAUACAAAACAUUAAGUUUUGGUCAGAGGAUCUGAACCGCACAGCAAGUCUGAAGGAUGUGUGCUUCGCACCGCUCAACCCUAACAACCCGGCCCAGUUUGACUGUGCAGUCAACAGCCUGCCACAAUACUUCCAGAACAGCCUUGAUAACAUCAACGCCAAGGUGAACAUGACUGAGCUGGGGGUGACCAAAGAGGUGGACUGGAGGGACCACCUUAUUUACUGCCUCAACUCACCUCUGUCUUUCAAAGACAUCACCGAUUUAGGAAUGAGCUGCAUGGCCGACUACGGAGCUCCAGUCUUUCCCUUUCUGGCCGUAGGAGGCUACAAGGGUGAUGACUACACUAAUGCAGAGGCCUUCAUCUUGACCUUCUCCCUCAACAACUAUCCGCGGACUAACGUCAAGUUUAACGUGGCCUUGCAGUGGGAGAAAGAGUAUCUGAAAAUUGUCCAAGCCUACCAAAGAGACCCAACGGCCAACUUCACAUUUGCAUACAUGGCAGAGAGGUCUCUGGAGGACGAGAUUAAUCGCACAACAGCAGAGGACAUUCCCAUCUUCAUGAUCAGCUAUGCUGUAAUCUUUGUUUACAUCGCUGUUGCAUUGGGGGAGUACUCAUCAUGGAGGCGCAUACUGGUGGACUCAAAGUUCCUCGUAGGUCUGGGUGGGAUCUUAGUGGUCGCAUGCUCGGUGUUGGCUUCCAUGGGCUUCUACUCCUGGAUCGGUAUUCCUUCCUCGCUGGUCAUCCUGCAGGUCGUGCCUUUCCUGGUGCUCGCUGUCGGAGCCGACAACAUCUUCAUCUUUGUCCUGGAAUACCAGAGAGAUGUCCGGCGGCCCGAAGAGAAAAGAGAGCAGCAGAUUGGCCGUGUGCUUGGGAACGUGGCUCCCAGCAUGCUCCUGUGCAGUCUCUCCGAGUCUGUCUGCUUCUUUCUAGGGGCCUUGUCCACCAUGCCUGCAGUGAAGUCCUUCGCUUUGUACGCCGCUCUGGCCGUGCUCAUGGACUUUGUCCUCCAGAUGACGGCCUUCGUGGCGCUCCUGUCGCUGGAUGCCCGGCGCCAGGACGACAACCGCUGCGAGCUGUUCUGCUGCGUCACCGUGGCGACCAAGAGACCCAACAAGCCCAACGAGGGCUUCCUGCUCCCUCUCAUGAGGAAAUAUUACGCCCCCGUGCUGCUCAACCGUUACGUUCGAUUCCUCGUGAUGUUGGCGUUCCUCUUCCUGUUCAGUGCUUCGCUCUACCUCAUGUUCAACGUGACCGUGGGUCUGGACCAGGAGCUGGCCAUGCCCCAGGGCUCUUACAUGCUGGAUUAUUUCAAGUACCUGUACAAAUAUUUGGAAGUGGGAGUCCCCGUUUAUUUUGUGACAAAACGAGGCUUCAGUUUUAACACCACGGAGGGCAUGAAUGCCGUGUGUUCCAGCGUGGGCUGCGACCCCUUUUCCAUGACCCAGAAGAUUCAAUACGCCACCAAUCACCCUGAACUAUCAUAUUUGGGCAUUUCUGCAAACUCCUGGGUGGAUGAUUUCAUCGACUGGCUGAACCCUGCAUCCAGAUGUUGUCGACUUUACACCAUCGGUCCGAAUGCUGGGAAGUUUUGUCCUGCAGAUACAUCCGCUUUCUUAUGUGGACGCAAGUGUUUGCCUCGCCCCCAAGACGGGGUCCUCAGGCCCACAAUAGAAGAGUUCAACCGCUUUUUGCCUAGCUUUCUGGGGGACAGGCCUGGCCUGCAGUGUCCCAAAGGAGGACUGGGAGCCUACGACACGGCUGUGGUGAGAGACGAAAAUGGAGAAAUUAUCGGUAAGAUUUAUUUUUUUAUUUUUUUUUACGUUUUUUUUUUUAAGAGAUGUGUGAGUGACGGAGCUUUUCUGCCUGGACACACACACAUAGCCUCCCGUUUCAUGGCUUACCACACGCCUCUGGCCAACUCUCAAGAGUUCACUGCAGCUUUACUGAGUGCCAGAGAGCUGGCCGACAACAUCACUGACAGCAUGAGGAAAGUUCCUGGAACCUCACCGGACUUUGAAGUCUUCCCUUACACGGUGACCAACGUGUUCUAUGAGCAAUACCUGACUAUCGUACCCGAGGGCCUCUUCAACAUCUCCCUGUGUCUGCUGCCAACCUUUGUGGUUUGCUGUCUGCUGCUGGGUUUGGACCUGCGCUCCGGCCUGCUCAACCUCAUCACCAUCAUCAUGAUCACCGUGGACACCGUCGGGGUGAUGACACUCUGGGACAUCCACUACAACGCCGUCGCCCUGAUCAACCUGGUCACGGCGGUGGGCAUCUCUGUGGAGUUUGUGUCCCACAUGACAAGAUCUUUCGCACUCAGCACCAAGCCCACCCGUGUGGAGCGAGCAAAGGAGGCGACGGCCAACAUGGGCAGCGCAGUGUUUGCUGGUGUUGCCAUGACCAACCUGCCCGGCAUCCUGGUGUUAGCCUUUGCCAAAGCCCAACUCAUCCAGAUCUUCUUUUUCCGCCUCAACCUGGUCAUCACACUCCUGGGGAUGGCUCAUGGACUCAUCUUCCUCCCUGUGGUGCUAAGCUACUUUGGGCCCGGCGUGAAUAAAGCGGUGCUGUUGCAAAUCCAGCAGGAGGAAUGGAAGGCCCGCCAGGAGCUGGAGAUGAGAAACAACAUGAGACAAUUCUAUCACAACAUGAGCUACCAGGACGACGAGGCCAAGGAACAGGUGCACUCCCAGCCCCAGACGCACAUCAGGGAACAAGAGGAGGACAGGGUUGACCGAUUCUGAGCGGCACAAUUGUUGUGACAAGUUUAUUAUACCUCACCAACAAACUGACGUAGAGAUGGACAAACAAUAGUGUGGGGAGAUCUUAGUCUCCAAUUGGAAAUGAUUAACCUGAACAUGUACCUCAAUUAUGGACUGAACACAACACAGUGCAGUAUUCUCCUCCCACUAGUGCAGUGUUUUUCAACCUUUUUUGAGCCAAGGCACAUUUUUUUCAUAAAAAAAAAUACGGAGGCACACCACCAGCAGAAAAGGUUAAAAAAUGAACCUCCACCAGGUUGUUGUGACUUAUUUUGAGUUUGUCGUUGUUUCCAGUGUGUCGUGCUUUAGUUCCUGUCUUGCGCUGUUAUUUUGGUGACCCUUCGUGUUUUGUUGGUGUUCUCCUGUAGCAGCGUCACACCUUCCUUUGAGUGCUAUUGCCCGCAUCCGUUUUGUUUUCGCAAUCAAGACUAUAUUGAAGUUGUGCGUACGCUAUCCUUCUAUGUGGGGACAUUGUGUCGUGUAUGGAUGUGCUUUGUGGACGCUGUCUUUGCUCCACACGCUGUAAGUUUUUGCUGUCGUCCAGCAUUCUGUUUUUGUUUACUUUGUAGCCAGUUCAGUUUUACUUUUGUUUUACAUAGCCAUCCCUAUGUUUCAGUGCCUUUUCCUAGCGGGACUUGCCUUUUGUUAAUUUUUGGUUUAAGCGUUACAUACCUUUUUACCUGCACACUGUCUCCCGCUGUGCUCUGCAUAUUGGGAUCACGACAAACCAUCCUUGACGCGUUCCGACUUCUACACAGCAAUGAACUACCUGCUGCCACCUACUGAUAUGGAAUAGGGAGUAUUACAAGAUUACCCUGCCAAGCUCUACACAGCACAGGCACAAGACAACGGCACAUUAUUAUGAUUAUUGAUUUGCAAAACAUAUUUAUUGGACCAAUUAGGUGAAGUUGCAUAAUUUCCCACGGCACACCAGACAAUAUCUUACGGCACACUAGUGUGUCGCGGCACAGUGGUUGAAAAUCACUGCACUAGUGGACACCAGCACUGUGGAAUAAGGACAGCACAUGGACACAUGUUCUUGGAAUUUCCUACUUAAAAAAAAAAAAAUUAAUUGUUUUGCGUAUGCAUUACAUUAGCACUGUUUUACAUGAAAUAACACACUCCAGCAUUUCCGCAAAAAAACCCAAGUUGGACUUUGAACUUGUUGUUGUUGCAGGAUCUUUGUAAUGAUCAUUGUAGCUUAUUCUCACACUGGUUCUGCUCCGUGAGGCAGAAAUGUCAACUUUUUUUUUUUUUUGCACCAUACUUGUAGAUGUUGCACACCGGCUUUAUGGACGAUUGGAUAGAGGCUGUAUUUAUGUUGUCAAGUUGAAGGGAGGAGAACUUUUUCCUCCUACUCCUCCUACCUCUCUAAUAAAGCUCACCAAGUCGUUGUCAAUUUUCAAAGAAUUAC